AUGUACAAAAUCGUAUUCAUCUUGGCGGUGUUCACCUAUGCGGCUCAAGUAGCAUUCAGCGUCCCCACGACCGACAACAAAAUGGUAAAUAUUAUUCACAAUUAUCACAACGAUUAUGUUUAAUCUCCGACACUCUCGAUUUGAGUAGCGAUAUUAUUUCAUGUUAAUGUUUACUGGGUGGUGUUUACACUAAAAGGCCUUUCCUUUUUUUGUAGUUUUGUAUUUAUAUAAAUAUAUGAAUGGGAAAAAUCGGAAGAUUUAUUCUUGAAAUAUAUUCACACUAUUAAUGUUCAAAAUAUUUUUUAAUUUUUCUCGGUUUAAAAUAAUAAAUGCAUAGCAAAUUGCCGAAAUCGAAAACUUGUAAAUAAAAAAAAAAUUGUUUUUCUUUUGCAUUGGCUAUACAAAAUAUAUUUUGUACUUUCCUUUUAACGUACUUAUCAAGUCAUAUAAUAAAUAAUUCUCGAAUUUUAAAAAUUCAUCGUUAGGCAUUUUUAGUUUUUAAAUAACCAAAAGUUUAAAAUAAUAAAGAGCUUGUUUUCUGCUAAUAGGUGGCAAUUUGUCGAAGGCGAAAACUUAUGUGCCAAGACUUACCGGGCGCAAUAGCUUUAGGUAAUAUACCCGUCACCAAUUUUGAACAAACGGCGGCACACGCGAUUCAGCUGCCAUUAGAAGAGGCACAGGCCUCAAACAGUGAAUUAAGUGAAGCAAAUACGAUUCAAGGUGUCCCCAUCACCUACAGCCAAUAUGUAACUAUUGCAAUUUUUUCACGUAUUUAACCAAAAAUUUGUUUUUCUUUUGCAUUGAUUAUACAUAAUAUGUUUUUAAUUUUCUUUUAACGCACUUAUCUAGUCAUAUAAUAAAUAAUUAUCGAAUUAUAUACAUUUAUCUUUAAGAUAUUUCAGGUUAUAAAAAAUCAAUAAUUUUGAAAAUAAUGAAGAGCUUGUAAUUGUUAUAUGCUUAUAGGUUGCGAAUUGUCGAAAACGAAAACUUAUGUGCGACUUACCGGCCGCAAUAGCUUUAGGAUUUAAACCUGACACGAAUGUUGAACAAACUGCAUCACAAAUGAUCCAGAUGCCAUUAGAAAAAGAACAAGCCGCCAAUGUUGAAUUAACUGAAGCACAAGCAUUUCAAGGUGUCCCCAUGACCUACAGUGAAUAUGUAACUAUUGCAACAUUUUCACGUAUUUAACCAUAAAUGUGUUUUUCUUUUGCAUUGGCUAUACAUAAUAUAAUUUGUACUUUCCUUUUAACGUACGUAUCAAGUCAUAUAAUAAAUAAUUCCCGAAUUUCAAAAAUUUAUCAUUAAAUUUUUUUAGUUUUUAAAUAACCAAAAGUUUAANAAGAGGCACAGGCCUCAAACAGUGAAUUAAGUGAAGCAAAUACGAUUCAAGGUGUCCCCAUCACCUACAGCCAAUAUGUAACUAUUGCAAUUUUUUCACGUAUUUAACCAAAAAUUUGUUUUUCUUUUGCAUUGAUUAUACAUAAUAUGUUUUUACUUUUCUUUUAACGCACUUAUCUAGUCAUAUAAUAAAUAAUUAUCGAAUUAUAUACAUUUAUCUCUAAGAUAUUUGAGGUUUUAAAAAAUCAAUAAUUUUGAAAAUAAUGAAGAGCUUGUAAUUGUUAUAUGCUUAUAGGUUGCGAAUUGUCGAAAACGAAAACUUAUGUGCGACUUACCGGCCGCAAUAGCUUUAGGAUUUAAACCUGACACGAAUGUUGAACAAACUGCAUCACAAAUGAUCCAGAUGGCAUUAGAAAAAGAACAAGCCGCCAAUGUUGAAUUAAAUGAAGCACAAGCAUUUCAAGGUGUCCCCAUGACCUACAGUGAAUAUGUAACUAUUGCAACAUUUUCACGUAUUUAACCAUAAAUGUGUUUUUCUUUUGCAUUGGCUAUACAUAAUAUAAUUUGUACUUUCCUUUUAACGUACGUAUCAAGUCAUAUAAUAAAUAAUUCCCGAAUUUCAAAAAUUUAUCAUUAGGUUUUUUUAGUUUUUAAAUAACCAAAAGUUAUUUUAUAACUUCUCGAACAAAAGAAGAAUAUCCACCGUCAAACAGCUUUCGCUUUUGAAUACACGGUUCUGAAUGCGGGGGCAAUAGCUUUAGGAAAUAUACCCGUCACCGAUUUUGAAAAAACGGCGGCACACGCGAUCCAGCUGCCAUUAGAAGGGGCACAGGCCUCAAACAAUGAAUUAAGUGAAGCAAAUACGUUUCAAGGUGUCCCCGUCACCUACAGCCAAUAUGUAACUAUUGCAAUUUUUUCAUGUAUUUAACAAAAAAUUUUUUUUCUUUUGCACUGACUAUACAUAAUAUGUUUUGUACUUUUCUUUUAACGUACUUAUCUAGUCAUAUAAUAAAUAAUUAUCGAAUUAUAUACAUUUAUCUUUAAGAUAUUUGAAGUUUUAAAAAAUCAAUAAUUUUGAAAAUAAUGAAGAGCUUGUAAUUGUUAUCUGCUUAUAGGUUGCAAAUUGUCGAAAACGAAAACUUAUGUGCGACUUACCGGCCGCAAUAGCUUUAGGAUUUAAACCUGACACGAAUGUUGAACAAACUGCAUCACAAAUGAUCCAGAUGCCAUUAGAAGAAGUACAAGCCGCCAAUGUUGAAUUAACUGAAGCACAAGCAUUUCAAGGUGUCCCCAUGACCUACAGUGAAUAUGUAACUAUUGCAACAUUUUCACGUAUUUAACCAUAAAUGUGUUUUUCUUUUGCAUUGGCUAUACAUAAUAUAAUUUGUACUUUCCUUUUAACGUACGUAUCAAGUCAUAUAAUAAAUAAUUCCCGAAUUUCAAAAAUUUAUCAUUAAAUUUUUUUAGUUUUUAAAUAACCAAAAGUUUAAAAUAUUGAAGAGCUUGUUUUCUUCUUAUAGGUGGCAGUUUGUCGAAAGCGAAAACUUAUGUGCCAAGACUUACCGGGCGCAAUAGCUUUAGGAAAUAUACCCGUCACCGAUUUUGAAAAAACGGCGGCACACGCGAUCCAGCUGCCAUUAGAAGGGGCACAGGCCUCAAACAAUGAAUUAAGUGAAGCAAAUACGUUUCAAGGUGUCCCCGUCACCUACAGCCAAUAUGUAACUAUUGCAAUUUUUUCACGUAUUUAA